AUUGUCGUUAUCAAUUGUCUUAUUAUAACGAAUAAAUAUGUGUAAAAAAUUUUAGACAGCAAAAUAUGCAAAUAGAUUAUAAUCAUUUAAAAGAUUUUAAGAGCAUAAAAUUUAAUCAGUAGCUUUACUAUAUGUAUGAUAUUUUUAAAUUGUACACUUCGUAGUCAGACUACGAUAUUUGUCGUUUUCAACAACAUAGGAAAGUCUAUCCUAAUACCUGAAUAACGCUUAAGUAAAACUACCACGUGAAUUAAUAUCUAUAAAUACAUUACGGAAAGUCCCAUCAAUUUCAACUUCAAUAACUUUAGAAAACAAUAAUCAUGGGAGGAUGUACUUCAAAAACGUCUUCAAAAAAGCACGACAAAGCGAACUCAAACUUUCCAGCUGAACUAGUCUUCAGAAGAGAGAGUCUCAUUUAUCAGGGUUUGUCAUUUGAUGAAGAUUGCCCAUGGCGAGAAAGGACAACAUAUCAAGACCCAUCUGGAGUAUUACCUACAGAGAUAAAGGAAACAGUGUUGCAAGACAAAUGGUUUGACAGAAUAAAGGAACCUGCAGGUGUUGAAAAGACUUACAUGGACUCGGACAAAAAGCUUAAUCUCAAACUCAUUGCCGAAGAUGACCAUUAUGACCUUAUCAACGAAAUGGAAAUGGACCAAUCACCUCUUCCGAACAAGAAUACACGUACGCCCGGACGUAGAUUACCGGAACUGCCUGAACGUUCAAAAUGUGAUAAGAAAAAAUUUAGAGUUUCGUGUAAAAGGAAAUCAGCGAUAAAGAAUGAACUGGAUAUUUCAAUGGAUGAGCAAAGGAGCCAGUGUUUGGAAUACAGUGAAAUGGUCAACAUCUUCAAACCACUGAUAGUCAACACACUGCUUGUCGAAGACAUCCUACCGUCCUUAUCAUUUCUAGACAAUCACGACGAUAUUUAUGCACAAAUGAGAAUAUAUUCACCAAAAGAUCUUGUUGUGAGCCUCUUAGAUGAUUUAGAGAGAAGCGAAGAACUUGGAAAAUGGCAAAAAUUCAUAGAUGCUCUUAGCGCCAAUGGAUACACAUACAUUGUUGACAACAUUAGAGGCUACAAGUUUAUCAGUCCUGAAUAUCAGACAGAAUACAUCAGAAAGCUCAAACCAAAAAUUGGCAAAAUGAUAAAGACACAGAAGCUUCUUCCACAUCUUCUGGAUAAACGUCUUAUAAGCAACAGUGACAAUGAAAUUAUUCUACGAGAAAUUGUAAACCACGGUAAUUUUGCAGCAGCAGCUGAACUGCUGGGUAAAUUAAAUCAAAAGCAUCGCAACUGGUACAAGUUAUUUAUUGAAGCUCUUCAAGAAGCAAACAUGGACGACGUCGCAGUUUGUCUAAACAUACCUGAACUGUUAGAAAGCAGAAGGUCAAAUGGUACAGAUAUUUGUGUAAAGAAAAACAGCUCGAAACUCCCGAUGAACAGCCAAUCGACGUUACCUACUCCGAAUAUUUCGAAAGAGGAAGAGAAAAGUCAAUGUUCAGAAUUUACCGAAAUGGUGAAGAUUUUUAAGCCACUCAUUGUUCAAAAUCUGCUUGUCGUGGACAUUCUACCGUCUUUGCCAUUCCUAGAAAACCAUGACGAUAUCUACGCAGACAUGAAAAAUCAUUCACCAAAAAAGGCUGUGUUGAGUCUCUUAGAUGAAAUGGAGAGAAGUGAAGAACUUGAAAAAUGGCAGAAAUUUAUAGAUGCUCUUGUGGAAAAUGGUUACACAUAUAUUGUUGAUAACAUUAGAGGCUACAAGUUUAUCAGUCACGAGUACCAGGAAGAAUACAUAAGAAAGAUCAAGCCAAAGCUUUGCAAAAUGAUAAACACUCGCGAGCUUCUACUACAUCUUCUGGCUAAAAAUGUGAUAAGCGACAGUGACAAUGAAAAUAUCCAACGUGAGAAUGCAAACCAUGGUAAUAUUGCAGCAGCAAUGAUGCUGCUAGACAGAAUACACAAAAAGCAUCGCAACUGGUAUAAAUUAUUCAUAGAGGCUCUUCAAGAAGCAAACAUGGACGACGUCGCAAUUUGUUUACAGAUACCCGACUUGUUAGAAACCAACAGGACAAAGAAAACAGAUGUUUGUCAAAAUGAUGUCGACACUUACUACGAUGACACACAAUUUUAUUAUAAAGAAAGCGAUGUGUCUGAAUAUCAAACUCCCAAGAAGUCAGAAACAUGUAGAAUUUAUGCAUUUGAGGGCAGUCAAGAUGGAAAUUAUACAAACAGGCAGUUUCAAAAAGAUCAAGACGAUGGCGACAUUCUCUACUGUAUACCACCUGUUACUAAAGACACGGAUUUAGAUAAGCUUCAAUCCAAAGGUAACCUGCUAGUAGAAGACGAGACCACAGAACAAUAUGAGGAACCCAUUCCUCAACGGGUACCAAUAAAUGAGAAGAGAAAGGUUCCCCUUCCUAUCUGGACAAAUGCUGAUUUAGAACAGUUUGUAAAUGAAGUGAUAACACUGCAGUCGGAAGGGGUGAAAACAGACGGCAAUGAGGCAUUGGAAAGCAAAUCAAACGUAGAAAGUCUAAGGUCUAAAAGUCUAAAAGACGAAUGUGAGCAAAUGCAGAUUGAGUAUGAUGAUCUUCAAAUCCAAAUUGAUCGGCUCAAGGAAAAGGCUUCAAUUAACGAAAAACUUAACACUGCAUUAAGAAAAGUACGUGAACUUGAACGAGUAAAUGAACUCAGAGAAAAGGAAAGACAAGCUUUGAAAACAACAGACCUUACUACCGAAGACGAUGUAGACGUUGAUGCUGACAACAUAGACACAUAUUACCCUACAGCGGCUAAACCAAAUCAGCAUGUUCGUAGAGAAACAGCUACUGCAAUCCAUGAUGUUUGGACAAAGCAAACACACGAUUUCAGAGAGCCAUUUCUGUUAGAAGCCUGCAAAUAUUCAAAGCUUCCAAACUUUAUCUUAGAUUCGACAUUAUCUGUGGUACAAGUUUUUAGCCCAACCUUUGACAGUCGGAGCAUAAUUAAUCAAAUGUUUGAACAGGACAGUGGCGUUGGGACGGAUAUGGCUUUGGGAUUCGACUAAAGUGGGAAAUUUCUUACAACUGUUUAUUUUAACACUGCAAUUCUAUGUGUACACGUUUAUACCUGUAAUGACAAUGAAAUGUAACUCAAUUACUCUUUUAUUAGUUUAAUGAUAUGAAAGACUUUGUUAAGACUGUUAAUUUUUUAGAAGUCCCUCAUGGGCUCAUGGGCUCUCUUUUUCUGCACAUAUUUUUUCUUGUUCACUAUAGUUACUGUAAUAACUUUCAUAUGUAGUUUUCUCAUGCCAUAUGGUUCCAUUCACACUUUGUCUGCAAUUAAUCAGAAUCAAAUUAAAAAUUGUGAAAAUUUA